AUGGCAAUAGAUAAGACGGGGCUCAACCAUUUUCAGAUUGAUAUUAAAAUGAGUUUCAGACAAAACGAGAUAAAGGAGAUCAAACACGAAGGCGCUGUGAGUAUUCACAGUGAAUCGGAGGUGAGUGAAUUGUCGGGGUUUACAGAAGAAGAUGCAGAGGAUGCAAAGGAAAUUUUUCAUCAUGAAGAUAGGCUUGGGACUACUUUAAAUGCCAGAUUGAUUGCCAUGAUAUCCUUAGUUGGUGUCUUUGGCACCGGUAUUUUUCUAUCGAGUGGAGGUACCUUGGCAACAACCGGUCCAGUAGGUAUGAUUCUUGCUUAUGUCCUUGUUGGAACAGUUGUUGCUGCCAAUCAAGUCUGUAUGGUUGAGACUUCGUGUUUGUUUCCUGCUACAAGUUCUUAUAUUGCACAUUCCGAGGUGUUCAUCGACAAGGCACUUGGUUUUGCAUGGGGUAUGGGAAGUACUUAUAAUGCUAUCAUCCCCAGUGAGCUAACAGCCAUUAGUGUGAUUAUGACUUACUGGACAGACCUCAAUUCAGCAGUGUUUAUCACAGUAUUUGGACUUUUUGUUGUUUUUACAAAUAUUUGGAAUGUAAGGUACUAUGGAGAGAUUGAGUUUUUCUUUGGUAUCAUCAAAUUGAUGUUGUGUGCUGGCCUUAUUUUAGUAGGGUUGAUUAUCGAUCUAGGCGGAGUUGAAGGCCAACACAGGCUUGGUUUCCAGUACUGGAGAAACCCAGGACCCUUUGCUGAAAAGUUCACUACUGGAUCUUUAGGUCGUUUUUUGGGCUUCUGGAAAGCAGUCAGCUCUGUUGUUUAUGCAUUUGGCGGUGUCCAAAAUAUCACGAUGCUUGCAGGAGAGACCGAAUACCCUAGAAGAGCAAUCUACCGUGCUGGUAAAAGAGUAUUAACAAGAGUACUGAUCAUCUACUUUGUUAUGGUGUUUAUCCUCUCCAUGAUUGUGCCAUAUACAGACACUGUUAUUGCACAUCCCAAUGGUACUGCUUCCGGCUCUCCCUGGGUGAGAGCGGUACAAUUAGCUGGCAUCAAGGUCUUACCGGACAUUAUCAAUGCCGUUGUUCUUACUUCUGCCUUGAGUGCUGGAAAUUUAGGAAUUAUUAAAGUAAGUCGUAACUUGUACGCUUUGGCUGCCAAGAAACAGCUACCAUCCAUAUUCUUAAAAGUAAACCGGAACGGUUUGCCUUGGGUGUCUGUGGCUUUCGGAUGCGCUUUCUUACCUUUGGCAUACAUGACUCUUGAUAGUUCAGCUGCAAAUGUUUUUUCGUGGUUCCAAAACAUUACUGCAUCUGACUUGUUGAUAACAUGGAUAGCCAUUGCUUCAAACCACAUUGCAUUACACAAAGCAAUGAAAGUGCAAGGAUUUACUAGACAUGAUUUACCUUACAAGUUUUGGAUUGGUAAAUGGUGUGGCUACUACUCAUUGUUUUUUUCUCUAUUAUUCUUGUUAACGGGGGGAUUCUCGACCUUCAUCCAUGGGUAUUGGGCAUUUUCCACCUUGUUCAGUUCAUACUUUAUCAUUCCGCUCACUAUAGUGUUGUUCAUUUUUGCCAAGUUGGUCUUCAAAACCAGAUAUAUCAAGCCUAGUGAGGUCAAAUUGAGAGCGUUGUUUUAUGAUUUGCAAAACAGACCGGAGCCACCAUAUAAGAAACUUAAGGGCUGGGAGUGGCUCACUUUAUUAUGGUCGUAA